AUGAAAAUUAAAUUUAACAUAUUAUAAAAUUUGAAUUUCAUGAAUAGGUCUCAAUCCCCUAUUAACGACAGUCGCAGUAGUCAUAGCGCAUCUAAAAGAUAUGUUUCACCAAAUGAAAGACAGAACACCCAGGAGAAUGAACAAGUAACCACAUUUUAAUUACAAUUCAGAAUCAUCGAAAAUUGCCACCCACUCAUCAGGUCAAAUCUAAAAUCAUCUCUGCUGAUCAAUCUGAUCUAGGCAGCAUUUUGGGUGAAGUCAACAUCAACAAUACCAGCAAAAUGUCCAACAUGACCUAAUUUGCUAAUUUCAUGUAUGUGCCAUGUCCAACUCAUCCAGAAUUUUUCAUAACCAAUCUAUGUCAGGAUCAAGUAUGUGUUAUUUCAUUAUCAUCUCCAGAAUUGCAUUGAGCCUCUUUGUCCAGAAUGCAUCAAUGAGCAUCUUGAAAUGCACUAAUCGAAAGGCAGAGUGCCUAAAUUGGAAAACAUCCAAAGAGUCCGAAAAGAUAACACUUAUAAGAUAGAUGAACUCUCCAAAUCAUUGUAAUUUAAAUUGCAAGACUCCAAGAAGUACUUCUCAGAACAACCAACGAUUCUGUAUAAUAAUAAUCUUGAGCAAUUGAGACAAAUACAUGAAUAGAUCUCAAACAUUAUCGAUGAUUAUUUUGAAACAUUGUACAAAGAUUUAAAGGAAUAAAAUUAAGAUGAAUACAUGAAAUAAUUAAAUCAAAUAGAACAAGAUAUUGUGCAAUAGCAACAUAAACUUACUAAAUUAUAAGAAGAUUUACACAAUGAUAAUUAUGUCAGGGCUGUAAUUCAAAUAUGUGAUGGAAAACAAGAACUAUUCUCUGAUAAGAGUCUUGUCUCUUUAGAGAAAUUAAUUCAAAAUUAUCAGUAAUCUUAAAUUAAAAUUAUAUUUGAUAAAAAUAAUAUUGAACUGUUUUAAACCUACUGUAAAAAAAUGUGUUAUUUUGUCAAAAAUACAUAACAACCCAAUACUUCAAGCAACCCCAAUAAAAGUCUCAAAUUUGAAGAGAAAUCAAAUCAAUCAACAAUGAAAAUAACUCAGAUCUCUGAAAUACCACCUCCACUUGUCAAUCCAAUCACAUUGAUUUCAGAAAGUCUCUCAAAUGAGGAAGCCAAAUAUCAGAUUAACCAUCUAAAUCACUUUGAAGAUGGCAAACCCCAAGUGCUAGUUAGAUUAGAAGAAGGUGGUUAUGCAGCAUAUAUAUAUGACAUCUAAUCCCAACAAUAUCGAAUUGAAACAAUCAACAGCACAAUCAAGGUUCCCUUGUAUCAUAGGUUAUAUACCACUACUACUGGUAAGCAUUUGGUGAUUGGGGGAGUGGAUAGAGACAAGUCAAGAUUCAAAGCAUUCGCAUCUGUUUAUGAAUUUAAUCACACUAAUUUGUAACUGACUCAGCAUUCAGAAAUGGUGUUGCCAAGAUCAAUGACAUCAGUUUGUUAGGUGGGCAAUUUCCUAUUUGUGGUUGGUGGAUCCUCGACCAAUGAUGAGAAUACAUCGAUGGCCAAAGCAGAGAAAUUGGACUUAAAUACUAAGAGAUGGCAAACAAUUGAGGAUCCAUACUUUAAAUGUAGUGGUUGUGCGUUGGUUGCAAUAGAUCACAAUACUUUGUUCAAGAUAGGAGGCAAGUGCGAUAUCUUUACUCCUUGCAAUUCGAUCGAAUCCUAUGACAUUCAGAAGAACUCUUGGGUAUGAUGUGUUAAUGAUUGAUUACUUAGACGAAGAUAGAGUUCAAGUUCCUGUCCAAUGGAUAUUUGAGGUUGCCAUUUAAUAGUUGUGCCAUAAAGACUUCAUAUGAUCAGAUUCUGAUUCUGGGUGGGUCAGUGCACGACGUCAAGAGCAAUGAAACUUAGGUAUGGGAUUUGCAUUAAUAAUGAGAUUUUCAAUUUGAAGACGAAGACUCUUUAGAAGUCGAAGGAAUUACCGAAUUCGAUUGAGUUCAACACUCAAAGUGCCAUUGUACAAUCCAAUAAUGUUUAUUUACUAACAGAGAAUGAACAACCUUUGUUAUUUGGUAAUUAAAAUGGAUUUAAAUAUUAAUGAUAUAAAAUUAUGUAUAAUUUUGAUUUGCAUCUUUAUGUAAAUAAUGAAUAAGCACCUCAAUCGAGGAGAGCAUUUUAGGCAAAUAAGAAAGUGAAGAGCAUUUCAAUUCAAAGAAAUUUAAAUUAAAUCAGUUCUGACAUUAGAUGCAUAACUGAUGAAUCUCCAUCUAAUUUACAUCCAAUGCCCGUUUUGGGUGGGAGUGUGACUGAGCGCCAAAUCAAUUCUCUGCGAUAUCGUCCUUCUGUGGUGCACAGACAGAUGUACUCAGACCAUUAAUUAGAAUAAGGGUAGUAAAGAAAGAUGGUAAGACAAAAGCUACCAUCAAUUAUUUAAGGUUAUUCUGUGCAUGAACUGUCUCAGAAUAGAAUGUCAGUAGAACCUAGAAUGAGUCCUCCCAAGUAUGCGGAAAAUAAAAAAAGUAUAACCGAAGUUGAAUCCAAACAAAGCUAGAAUAUAAAUGAUCUAUUGAGUAUCAAAAAGCUGAAUGACUUAUUGGGUCAUAGGAAAAUACGUCCUGAACAAGUGAGAUAGGAUUUUCCUUCGGUUCCAGAAAUUCAGGACUUCUCCAAACAAAUGCUAAAAAUUUAUAAGAAAAACAACAUCAAUCCUUUGAAAUUGAGAUCGCCUCUGCCCAUGCAGACACAAAAUAGGAACAGUCAAUAAAUUGACUUAUUAAUUAAUUUACUGAAAAAAAGAAAUUAAUGA